AUGGAUGGAAAUUCCUAUUUUUUGAUAUUGUUUUCCCUUACUUUUUUAUAUGGAUUUUCACUAGCUUAUGCAAUGACGAGGAUUUACAAGCUACACAAAUUUUGUUCAGAUUGGAGAUAUACGAAGUUAUUUUAUGUUUCUAUUGCUGUACAAGUUCUGAUUAGAUUAUGCACUUUUGCGUUUAUGACUUGGGCUUUACCAGGAAGUAUUGAAGGAAAAAAGGUGUUUUUUCUAUUAAUUUCGAUACCUGAUGCGGUGUUUUUAGUGAGUUAUUCCCUUUUAGAUGUAAUUUUCUUAAAAUUUUACAUAAUAAUAAUUUUUUCCCUUUCCCAAUCCACAUGGUAUAUUUUUUAUUAUUCUUACAAAUGAUUAGGGUGUUUUAUUUCAGCCAUAUGGAAAAUGAUUUGCAGAUGAGCCUAUUAGUACAUUUCACCAAGCCAAGGCAUUUCAGUGCUACAAAAAUAUUAGGAGUUUUAACAAUAAUUUGGCUAUUAGUAGAAUCAGGACUAUAUGUACUGUAUUUUAAAGGGAUAGUAAGAAAUGAAGAUAUUCAAUUCGAGCUGAGCUCAGUCAAUUUACUAUGUUCAAUGUUUGUUUUUAUUUUUUUGAUAUUUUUACAUAUAAAUUACUCCUCAACUCCUUUUAAAUCAAAUACGGCUCGUGAUAAGCUGCAAAGGAUUACUUCAAUUAUGUUUUUAUGGACAAUUGCUAGAUACAUAAAAGGGUUUUAUGAAAUUUUUGUAACAAUUGAGCCUAAUAUUUUUAUCAGAAAUAUUCAUGAAAUUGAAAAAGCGACACUUAUACAAGCAUGCUCACUAGUGUGUAUGCUGAUUUUGUGUGAGAUUAUUUGUUAUAUUACGGUGCUGGACUAUUCGUUUAUGGCAAUAUUUUUAUUUCCAGAUGAUGAAGUAAUUCAGCAUGCUGGACUUUUUGAUCACCAUGGGAAUGUGAUAACUGAAGAAGAUGAAGAAAGAUCUUUAUAUCAGCAGGAUUAUUAUUUAUUAUAUAUAAAAAAAGGAAAUAUUUUUAAUUUUGAAAAUAAAAUAAAAAAAUAUAUGAAAGAAUAGAUAAUUAAAGAUGUUUUUAUAUCAGCCAAGAAGAAGUAUAAGUGAAACUCCUAACCUUUUAAUGGACUUUAAUGAUAUCACAAUUAUAUCAUCCCUUGCAAAUAAAAGCCAAGGCUUAGGCGAACUCUUCAAAGCUACAUAUAAAGGAAAAGAUAUUUUAUAUCGAAAAAUAGAAUUUCCCAGAAUGAGUGGCUCAGUGCUAGAAGAAAUAAAUGCUGAUAUCGCCGCUAUGAAAGCAUUAGAUAACUCCAUUUUAGUCCCAUUCUACGGUGCUUGUUUUACUCUCCCAGCAAUAGGAAUCUCCACUCUUUAUAUGAAAGGUGGCUCUCUAUUCUCAUAUUUACAUGAAUCUGCCCGGAUUCUUGAUAUAAAAGAAAAAAUAAAGCUCAUAUCAAUCAUCGCAAGAGGACUGAGGGACCUUCACUCACAAAAUAAAAUCCAUGGCCAUUUAUCCUCACACAACAUUUUACUUGACGAACAAAAUGAGCCAAAAAUCGCCGAUUUAGGACUAGAAAAAGUAAAAAAAUACGCUGGAGCUGUCUUAGGAUAUGAAAAUAAAAACGCAUGAAGCAGCCCACAGAUAUUUAGGGAGCCUUAUAAAACAAUAAUAAAAGCACAAAGUACAGAUGAUGUGUAUAGCUUUGGGGUCAUUAUAUGGGAAAUUAUGACCCAGCAGAUACCUCAUGAUGGAAAAACAUUAAAAAUUUUACAACAAAGUGUAGGAUUAGAAGGAAAUAUUCUUCCUAUACCAAAUAAUUUGCAGCCUGAAAUAGUAAGACUAUUAAGAGGAUGCUGGGAAUUUGAGCCUGAAAAAAGACCUGAUUUUAGACAUAUAUCAGUGACACUUUCAGGGCUAUUAGUUUAA